ACUACACUCUAUAGAAAUCCGUCCAUAAUCUCUAUUGCUGUACUGCAGUUGCAAAGCUAGAGCGGAGUGUGCGGUUCAGCUCAUUUGUGAGCUUGACAACUCUGGAAAAUGCGUAUUACUCCCGAUCUAGUCAUUUGCAGCCCUCAAUUUACUAAUCCGCUGAGGGAACGCGAGAUUAAGUUGAGGGCGUACAAGAUUCCCGCAAUCGAGAAUCUUGGAUCAACUCAGGAUCAAUUCGAUACGAUAGACCUGUCUGACAACGAGAUUCGAAAACUUGAGAAUUUUCCUUUGCUAAAGAGGCUGAAGACCCUGUUAAUAUCAAACAACUUGAUAUUUCGUAUUGGAGAUGAUCUGAAGGAUUGCUUGCCGAAUCUCCAUACAUUAAUGCUGGCCAACAACAACAUUGUGAAUUUGCAAGAUCUCAAUCCUCUGUGCAACUUGCCUGCGCUGAGACGUCUCUGCCUCAUCGAGAAUAACGUUACAAAACAGCCGAACUACCGGUUAUAUGUUAUUAAUUUGCUCCCAAAGCUUUUGGUUUUGGAUUUUCAGAAGGUCAAGACCAAGGAAAGGGAAGAAGCUAAAAAGUUGUUUGCGGAUGGAAUGAAUGGGGUUCAAGUAACCUCUAGUCAGCCGAACAAAGAGAAAAUAACCGCAAUCAAGGCCGCUAUUGAAAAUGCCAAGACACUCGAGGAGGUGAACAGGCUGGAAGCUAAGCUUAAGAGCGAGGGAGGAAUGGACCUUGACUAA